AUGAGUGAGGUGAAGGCGGACGCCACAGAACUUUACGACGGUCCCACGGAAAUCCUAGACGACCAGAACACACAAGUAGAAACCAUAAAACCCACAGGCACUUCCCCUCAGGAAGACCCCAGAGAAGUCUCGCCUUCACCAGAACCAGGGCAAACGGGAGAUAGCAGAAAGCGCACAGCAGAAACCCCAGCCGAUGGUGAACGCAAGCGAAAGAAAGUUGCGGAGGGGCAUGAAAAGGAGAAUCGACCGGGCGCUGUGGCAAAGAGGACGCGAACGAGCGAUGAAAGACCUACGUUUUCGGUCGUCGAUAACGAAACCAAUGACGAGAUUUUGGACUUCUAUCACCAGUUUCCGGGGUUGAAGGACAAGUACCAUCUGAUUUGCAAGAUUGGGGAAGGAACGUUCAGCUCCGUAUACGAAGCCGUUGACCUCGAACACGACCUUUGCGACAACACCGCCUGGAGUCGACAGCUGACCGACAGGCCGAAGGACGACCCGUACUAUGUUCCGCUGGCGAAGGCCUUCGGCAACGCGCCGUCGGUUGCAUUGAAGCGUAUUUAUGUUACGAGUAGCUCCCAGAGGAUAUGUAAUGAAAUUAGGGUCUUGUCGACUCUACGUGGACAUCCAAACAUUGUGCACCUUAUCACGGCGCUACGGCAUCAAGAUCAGGUCGUCGUUGUCUUGCCAUACUUCAGGCAUUCGGAUUUCCGGGACUUCUAUCUCAAACUAACCAUGGACGAGAUCCGCGACUACAUGCGCGCACUCCUGAGCGGCCUGGAGCACAUACACAAGUAUAGGAUCAUCCACCGCGACGUCAAGCCUAGCAACUUUCUGUACAAUCUGAAGAUGCGUACGGGCGUGCUGUGUGAUUUUGGGUUGGCGCAGAGGGAAGAAAUGACGGCCCCGAAGAUCACCAGCGAAGGCCUGUCCAGCGUCUCUCCAGCGCCGCCGAAGCGCUCGAACCGAAAGCCUGGGUACAUCAUAAACGACCCAAGACCAAGCGUCCGAGCGUCUCGCGCCGGUACCCGCGGCUUCCGCGCGCCUGAAGUCUUGAUGAAAGUAACCCAUCAAACAUGUGCAAUCGACCUAUGGUCAGUAGGCGUGAUCCUCCUCAGCAUCUUCACCGGCCACUUCCCGUUCUUCCAAUCCAGCGAGGACCAGGAGGCGUACCUGGAAAUUGCGCACAUUUUCGGGAAACAGGCGAUGCAGAAGUUGGCUUUGCAGUUUCGCCGCCACCUCGAAACCAAUAUCCCAUCCGUCGACGCUCCCAUGCCCUUCGAAACCCUCUGCGAGCGCCUGCACAGCCGUCGCGCGAAAGAGAUCCCGCCCGAGGGGUAUGAUCUGCUCAAGAGGUUGCUGGCGCUGCAUCCUGAGGAGAGGAUUACGGCGGCUGAGGCUUGUAUGCAUCCGUUUUUGGCGGGGGGUGAUGGUGGUAGGGCGACGGAGUAG